CCGGGUCCCCGGCGCCAGGACCGGAUCAGGACCGGGCCCAGACCAGGACCAGAUCCAGGCCAGGACCAGGAGAAGCUGGAGGAGCAGGAGCAGGGGUCGGGCGGCCGGGGAAGGGGCACCACUCCAAGGUGUCAGCCCGAGCCGGGGGUGCCCAGGGUGGCGACUUCCCGAUGGCCAACGUGCCGGGCCCGGCCGAGUUGGACAACAUGGAGAUGCCGGCGGUUCCGGGGUCGAACAACAACAAUGGCCCUCGGUGGGAGAGUCCCGAGCGCGGCUGGGAGCGCGAGCGAGAACGGGACCCUGCGGCCCCCGCAGCCGCCGCCGCCUCGCUCUUCGAGUGCUCACGCAUCCGCGCCCUGGCAGAUGAGCGUGAGGCGGUGCAGAAGAAAACCUUCACCAAGUGGGUGAACUCGCACCUGGCGCGCGUGUCGUGCCGCAUCGGGGACCUGUACAGCGACCUGCGCGACGGCUACGUGCUUACGCAGCUGCUCGAGGUGCUCUCUGGGGAGCCCCUGCCUCGGCCCACGCGGGGCCGGAUGCGAAUCCACUCCCUGGAGAACGUGGACAAGGCGCUGCAGUUUCUGAAGGAGCAGCGGGUGCACCUGGAGAACGUCGGCUCCCACGACAUCGUGGACGGCAACCACCGCCUCACGCUGGGGCUGGUGUGGACCAUCAUCCUCCGCUUCCAGAUCCAGGUCAUCAAGAUAGAGGCCGAAGACAAUAGAGAAACCCGCUCGGCCAAGGACGCCCUGUUGCUCUGGUGCCAGAUGAAGACGGCUGGGUAUCCCGAGGUGAACAUCCAAAACUUCACGACCAGCUGGCGGGAUGGCCUGGCCUUCAACGCCCUGAUCCACCGGCACAGGCCAGACCUGGUGGACUUCAGCAAACUGACCAAGUCCAACGCCACCUACAACCUGCAGCAAGCCUUCCGCACGGCAGAGCAGCAGUUGGGGCUCGCCAAACUCCUGGAUCCUGAGGAUGUGAACAUGGAGACGCCCGAUGAGAAAUCCAUCAUCACUUACGUGGUCUCCUUCUACCACUACUUCUCCAAGAUGAAGGCCCUGGCUGUGGAGGGCAAGCGGAUCGGGAAGGUCCUGGACCAGGUGCUGGAGAUCGGGAAGAUCAUUGAGCGGUACGAGGAGCUGGCGGGCGAGCUCCUGGCUUGGAUCGAGCGCACCGUGGGACUCAUCAGCAACCAGAAAUUCGCCAACUCGCUGAGCGGGGUUCAGCAGCAGCUCCAGGCUUUCACCGCCUACUGUACCCUGGAGAAGCCAGUCAAGUUCCAGGAGAAGGGGAACCUGGAGGUGCUGCUGUUCAGCAUCCAGAGCAAACUGCGAGCCAGCAAUCGUAAACUGUAUGUGCCUAGCGAGGGUCGAAGCAUCUCUGACAUCAACAAGGCAUGGACCCAGCUGGAGAAGGCAGAGCACGAGCGGGAAGUGGCGUUACGUGGGGAGCUGAUUCGCCAGGAGAAGCUGGAGCUGUUGGCACAGCGCUUCGACCACAAGGCUGCCAUGCGGGAGAGCUGGCUCAGCGAGAACCAGCGCCUGGUCUCCCAGGAUAACUUUGGCUACGACCUGCCAGCGGUGGAGGCGGCCAUGAAGAAGCACGAGGCCAUUGAAGCGGACAUCUCCUCCUACGAGGAGCGCAUCCAGGCCGUGGUGGAGCUGGCGCAGGCCCUGGCGGGUGAGGGCUACUAUGAUGCACGGCGCAUCGGGGCCCAGCGGGACAGCGUCCUGCGCCAGUGGGGUCUGCUGACCGGGCUGGUGGUGGCACGGCGUGGCCGGCUUGAGCAGAAUCUGGCCCUGCAGAAGGUCUUCCAGGAGAUGGUCUACAUGAUCGACUGGAUGGAGGAGAUGCAGUCUCAGCUGGUGUCCAGGGAAAGUGGGAAGCACCUGUUAGAGGUGGAGGAUUUGCUACAGAAGCAUGGGCUGCUGGAGGGAGACAUUGCUGCCCAGGCAGAACGCGUGGAGACCCUUAAUGCCGCUGCUCUGCGCUUCUCCCAGCUACAGGGCUACCAGCCCUGCGACCCCCAGAUCAUCUGCAACCGGGUGAACCACGUGCAGCACUGCCUGGUGGAGCUUCGGGAUCUGGCGGGACGGCGGCGGGAGGAUCUGGAGGCCUCGCGGCAGCUCUGGACCUUCUUCCGGGAGCUGGAGGAGGCGGAGAGCUGGGCACGUGAGAAGGAACGGGUGCUGUCUGCCGCCCAGCCCAGUGCCCGGGACCUGAGUGCCGUGGCCCGCCGGUUGGGCCAGCACAAGAUCCUGCUGGGUGAGCUGGGUGGCCGGCGGGCGCUGCUGCAGCAGACGCUGCGCCAGGGCGAGCAGAUCCUGGCGCGCCGGGCACCAGGCGCUGAGGACAUCACCGAGCGGGCCGCGGGGACUAGGGCCCGUUGGCAACGCCUGGAGGACCUGGUGGGGCGGCGUGGGCGGCGGCUGCAGGACGCCCUGGACCUACACCAGUUCGGGGCGGAGCUGGAGGACCUGGUGGCCUGGCUGCAGGACGCCUACCGGUUGGCAUCCAGCGGUGACUUCGGCCACGACGAGCACUCGAGCCGCUGGCUGGCGCGGCAGCACCGGGCACUGUCCGAGGAGGUGGAGCACCAUCGGGGCACGGUAUCGGGGCUGCGGCGGCAGCUGGCGGGGCUGGCGCCGGGCCCGCGGGAGGGGGUGGAGGUGCAGACUCGCGUGGUGGAGGUGGAACAACUCUACGGGGAGGUGGCCGAGGUGGCAGCGCUGCGGCGCCAGUGGCUGAGCGACGCGCUGGCCGUCUACCGCAUGUUCAGCGAGGUGCACGCCUGCGAGGUCUGGAUCGGCGAGAAGGAGCAGUGGCUGCAGCGCAUGCGUCUGCCGGACAAGCUGGACGACGUGGAGGUUGUGCAGCACCGGUUUGAGAGCCUGGACCAGGAGAUGAACAGUCUGAUGGGCCGUGUCCUGGAGGUGAACCAUAUUGUCCAGCAGCUGGUGGACGGAGACCAUCCGAGCUCUGCUGAAGUCCGCUCCUGCCAGGACCACCUCAACAGCAGAUGGAACAGCAUCGUGCAGCUGGUGGAGCAGCGCAAGGCGGAGCUGAACUCGGUCCUGCACAUCCAGAACCACCUGCUGGAGUGCGCGGAGGUGAAGGCCCAGGUGCGGGAGAAGCGGCUGGCUGUGGAGGCGACCCAGCGGGCCGGCAGCGACCUGGGCGGCGUCCUGGCCCUCCAGCGUCGCCUGUGCUCCCUGGAGGCGGCCCUGCUGGUCCUGGAGCCCCGGUUGGCCGCCCUGCAGCAGGAAGGGGAGGCCCUGGCCGCCGGCCACCCGGCCCAGGCCCCGCAGCUCCUUCGGCAGUUCGAGGAGAUCGGCGAGGAGUGGGAGGGCCUGAAGCAGACGCUGCAGGGCUGCGAGGACGCCCUGACCGUGGCUGGCCGCCUGCAGCAGUUCAUCCAGGACCUGGACGGCUUCCUGAGCUGGCUGGUGGAAGCCCAGGGCGCGGCGGGAGCCGGGACAUUGCCCGGGGGGCUGGCCGAGGCCGAGCAGCUGCUGGGCGGGCACGCGGCCCUCAAGGAGGAGAUGGACCGGCGUGAAGAGGACUACGGGCGCAUCCAGGCCGUGAGCGAGCUGCUGGCGGCCGACGGGGCAGAGCUGGGGCCCGCGCUGGCCCUGCAGCAGUGGCUCCCGCAGCUGGAGCUCGGCUGGAGCAAGCUGCUGCAGCUGUGGGAAGACAGGCGCCAGGCCCUGGUCCAGGCCCACAUCUACCAGCUCUUCCUGCGCGACGCCCACCAGGCCGAGGCCGUGCUCUGCAACCAGGAGACGGUGCUGUCUGGCCUGGAACUGCCAGACACGGUGGAGACGGUGAGCGAGGCCAUCAAGAGGCACCGAGACUUUCUCACCACACUGGAGCUGAACCUGCAAAAGACCCAGGUGGCCGUGCAGGCCGGGGAGAGCCUGAGGAGGAAGGGCAGCCCCUAUGGGGACCAGGCCCAGCUCAAGGUCGCCCAGCUCCAGGAGAAGAGCCAAGAGAACAAGCUCUGGGCCCUGCAGUGGAUGCAACAACUUCACGACCAGCUAGAGCUGCAGCACUAUCUCCAGGACUGUCACGAGCUGGAUGGCUGGAUCCACGAGAAGAUGCUGAUGGCGCGGGAUGGAGCCCGGGAAGACGGGCACAAACUGCACAAGAGAUGGCUCCGGCACCAGGCUUUCAUGGCUGAGCUGGCCCAGAAUAAGGAAUGGCUGGAGAAGAUCGAGAAGGAGGGGCAGCAGCUGAUGCAGGAAAAGCCGGAGCUGGCCGGUUCGGUGCGGAAGAAACUGGGAGAGAUCCGGCAAUGCUGGGCGGAGCUGGAGAGCACCACGCAGGCGAAGGCCCGGCAGCUCUUCGAGGCCAGCAAGGCCGACCAGCUGGUGCAGAGCUUUGCCGAGCUGGACAAGCGGCUGCUCCACAUGGAGAGCCAGCUGCAGGACGUUGACCCCGGCGGGGACCUGGCCACGGUCAACAGCCAGCUCAAGAAACUGCAGACGAUGGAGUCGCAGGUGGAAGAGUGGUACCGGGAAGUGGGAGAGCUGCAGGCCCAGACGGCGGCCCUGCCCUUGGAGCCGGCCAGCAAGGAGCUGGUCGGGGAGCGUCAGAACGCCGUGGGCACGCGCAUCGUCCGGCUCAUCGAGCCCCUGAAGGAACGCCGGCGUCUGCUUCUGGCCUCCAAGGAGUUGCACCAGGUUGGCCAUGACCUGGAAGAUGAGAUUGUGUGGGUUCAGGAGCGGAUGCCCGUGGCCACUCAGACGGAGCGGGGCAACAGCUUGCAGGAGGUGCAGCAGCUCAUCAAGAAGAACCAGAGCCUCCGUCGGGAGAUCCAGGGGCACCAGGCCCGGGUGGAGGAGGUGCUGGAGCGGGCAGGGGCGGUGGCCUCCCUGCGGAGCCCAGAGGCGGAGGGCGUGCGGCAGGGCCUGGACCAGCUGCGCAGCCUGUGGGGCACCCUGCGGGACGAGGCGGAGCGGCGCCAGCAGAGCCUGGAUGCCGCUUUCCAGGUGGAGCAGUACUACUUUGACAUGGCCGAGGUGGAGGCUUGGCUCAGCGAACAGGAGCUGCUGCUCAUGAGCGAAGAGAAGGGCAAGGACGAGCAGAGCACCCUCCAACUACUCAAGAAGCACCUGCUCCUGGAACAGGGAGUCGCCAACUACGAGGAGAGCAUCGCCCAGCUCUCCCGACAGUGCCGUUCCCUGCUGGAGCUGGGGCACCCCGACAGCGAGCAGAUCAGCCGGCGCCAGUCCCAGGUGGAUCGGCUGUACGUGGCACUGAAGGAGUUGGGCGAGGAGCGGCGGGCCCGGCUGGAGCAGCAGUACUGGCUCUUCCAACUCAGCCGCCAGGUGGAUGAGCUGGAGCACUGGAUCGCCGAGAAGGAAGUUGUCGCGGGCUCGCCGGAGCUGGGACAGGACUUCGAGCACGUCACGGUCCUGCAGGAGAAGUUCACCGAGUUCGCCAGCGAGACGGGCACGGCCGGGCGGGAGCGGCUGGCGGCGGUCAACCAGAUGGUGGACGAACUGAUCGAGUGCGGCCACACGGCAGCGGCCACCAUGGCAGAGUGGAAGGACGGGCUGAACGAGGCCUGGGCCGAACUGCUGGAGCUCAUGGGCACCCGGGCCCAGCUGCUGGCCGCCUCGCGGGACCUGCACAAGUUCUUCAGCGACGCCAGCGAGCUCAAGGGCCAGAUCGAGGAGAAGCGGCAGCGGCUGCCCCGCCUGACGGCACCCCCUGAGCCCCGGCCCAACGCGGGCUCCAUGCAGCGGGCGCUGCGGGCCUUCGAACAUGACCUGCAGCUGCUCGUCUCGCAGGUGCGUCAGCUGCAGGAAGGUGCGGCCCAGCUGCGCACAGUGUACGCAGGCGAGCACGCGGAGGCCAUCGCGAGCCGGGAGCAGGAGGUGCUACAGGGCUGGAAGGAGCUGCUGGCCGCAUGUGAGGACGCCCGGCUCCACGUCAGCUCCACGGCCGAUGCCCUGCGCUUUCACAGCCAGGCCCGUGACCUCCUCACAUGGAUGGACGGCAUCAUAGGCCAGAUCGGGGCCACGGACAAGCCCAGGGAUGUGUCCUCAGUGGAGGUGCUGAUGAACUACCAUCAGGGCCUGAAGAGUGAGGGGGAGGCUCGGGGACCGGAGCUGGCGGCCUGCCUGGAACUGGGGCGCUCCCUGCUGCUCAACAGAAGCCCCAUGGCUGAUGAGAUCCAGGCGCAGCUGGAGAAACUGGUCAACAGGAAGGAGGAGAUGACAGACAAGUGGGACCGGCAUUGGGAGUGGCUGCAGCAGAUGCUGGAGGUGCACCAGUUUGCCCAGGAGGCCGUGGUGGCGGACGCGUGGCUGACAGCGCAGGAGCCGCUGCUGCGGAGCAGGGAGCUGGGGAGCAGCGUCGACGAGGUGGAGCAGCUGAUCCGCAGGCACGAGGCCUUCCGCAAGGCCGCCGCCGCCUGGGAGGAGCGCUUCAGCUCUCUACGGCGCCUCACCACGAUUGAAAAGCUGAAGGCAGAACAGAGCAAGCAGCCUCCCACCCCGCUGCUGGGGCGCAAGAUCUUCGGGGACCCAGCCGAGCUGGCGGCCAAGGCGGCGCCGCUGCUGCGGCCCGGCCCCUUCGAGCGGACCCUGGACCCGCUGGGCCGGAGGACCGCCGAGCUCCUGGCCACCGCCUCCCGGCUGGACACCGCACCCGACAGCCGGGCCCGAGUGGGCUACGUCAGGCAGGAGCUGAAGCCAGAGCGGCUCCAGCCCCGGAUGGACCGGCUCCAGGACGGGCCUGGGGAGCCGACCCCACCGCCGGCUGGGAGCGAGGAAGGGGCUGGGGCCCGACGGGACCGGCCGGAGUCCUGGGGAGCCCCCAGCCUCGAGGCCGUCGAGGCCUCCGGCCCCUCCGGGGACCGGGCCCGCCCGGAGCGGCGGGCCGAGCGGCAGGAGUCGAGUGAGCCGGAGCCCGGGCGGGCGGAGGAGCUGGCCCGGCGGCGGGCCGGGGAGCGGGCGGAGCGGCGGGCAGAGCGGCAGGAGUCGGGCGAGCAGGAGCCGGGCACGAGCCACACCCUGGGGCGCCAUGAGCUGCAGGAGCGGCGGAGGGAGAGGCGGGAGAGGCGGCUGGAGCGGCAGGAGUCGAGCGAGCAGGAGUCACCCCGCUUGGAUCCCGCCAAGGGCAGGAAAGCCACCCUCGCUGACAUCGUGGAGCAGCUGCAGGAGAAGGAGUCGGGCCUGGUAGCGGCCGGGGCCUCUGCUGUGAUGGACCUUAGAGAGAAGUUGCCCUCCCCGCCCCUGCCCCGGGAGCUGCCCCCUGGACGCCUUCCCAACGGGCUGGAGCUACUCCCGGAACGGACGCCCCGGCCCGACCGACCCCGAGCCCGAGACCGCCCCAAGCCCCGGCGGCGCCCCCGGCCCCGGGAACCCAGCGGGGAGGGCGGGGGCGGGCGGAGGUCUCGCUCGGCCCCCGCCCAGGGCAGCAGUGCCCCGCCCCCACCCCCACCAACCCACACCGUCCAGCUGGAGGGCUUCUUGCUCCGAAAGCGGGAGCUGGAGGGGCCCAACCGCAAGGCGUCUAAUCGGUCAUGGGUGAACCUGUACUGCGUGCUGAGCAAGGGCGAGCUGGGCUUCUACAAGGACGCCAAGGGUCCGGGCUCGGGCAGCACCCAUGGGGGUGAGCCGCUGUUCAGCCUGCAGAGCGCCAUCAGCGAGGUGGCCAACGACUACAAGAAGAAGAAGAAUGUCUUCAAACUCAAGACCCACGAUGGCAGCGAAUUCCUCCUGCAGGCCAAGGAUGAGGAGGAGAUGAAGAGCUGGCUGCAGGCUGUGGUGGCAUCCGUGGCAGAACACGCCGAGAUUGCCCGCUGGAGCCAGGCACUGCCCACCACGUCCUCCACCGACGAGGCCAACCCCAAGCGGGAAGCUGGCGGCGAGCGGAGAGCGAGCGGCAGUGGCCGCAGAAAGUGACUGGUCCUCGUCGUCCCCUCCCCACACACCCCUACCCCGCUCCCGGGGCUCUGCGGAGACACAGGGGCCCCGCUGGACGGGCCUUCCGCCCCCUGGCCAGCGGGCACAUCCUCUUGUCACAGGAGGCUUGUCUUCCCCUCCUCCCCCAUAGUUGUUGUCAUGGGCCCUGAGUCCUGAGCACUUUGAGGGGCACGGGGGCUCCUCAAGCCCUCCUCCCCAGCUCCGGGCCCCAGAGCUGCGCCCAGGGCCCCAGGCUCGGGCGGCACAGGAAGAUGUGGGCCAGGUCCUGGAGCGGGAGCGCUUUGGCCUAACUGGACGGGGCUGGGCUGGGGAAUGGUCUCUGAGCCUCUCCCACAAUGUGUGUGUGUGUGUGUGGUGGGUUUGGGGGGGGCUGGGAGGACAGUGUGCCCAGGAGAGGGGGAGGGGGCUGCACUCACAAGCCAUAUUGCUGCUCCCCUGCCUUUCCCCUUCCUUCCCUCUUUCUUCUCCCUCCUCACCCCUUUCCCUGCAAACUCUCCCCCAGCAGGGCCGGCAGGGGCCAGGCCGGGGGUGAGAGCUUCUUUUUUUAUGCAAUAAACCAAGGGGCAGGGAGGCUGGGGGAAGCUGGGAAGCUGGUCAGACAGACUUCUGCUCCUCCUCGACCCCCAGCCUCAAUGCCCCCAGGCCCAGACCUGUGCCCUCUGGCCACAGUCCUGGGCCCAGAGGCCUGGGGCGAGGGGGACUAGGAGGAGAA